AUUUUCUCUCCGACAUUUGAACGCGACGGACGCGCCUGCAGAAAGCGGACUGCAGCAGAAUUGAAGAUAAAGUUAAAUAUACAGAUACGGUUCGGUUCGGCUUCGGUUUCGGUGUAUUGGUGGGAAUUUCUUCUGCUGCCGCCUCUUUUUUGGAUAAAUGGAUAUUUAUGCUUCGCGUGCCCGCUCGUAGAAACAGAAACGUCAGUGUGCGCGCGUGUGUUUGUGUGGAUAAUUAAAGCAGCAACGAUUUCGAGUACGAAAUGCUUUAAGACCGAGAUUAAAGUUGAAGGUCGGUCGUUGUUGUUGUUGCGUUCGUCUGUGUUUGUGUGUGCAUGUGUGUGGAAAAGCGGACAGGAAAACGGAUCGGAAUCGGAUCGCCUGCCUGGGAACACGCAUAGCGUUAGCGUUGAACCGGCGUUGCCACCUCACUGAGCUGCGCGGAUUCCAGCACGGGCUCCAGUGAGGAUGCGUCCGAUCCCGGCUCCCCGUACAGUGCGCACUCGCAACUGAGCGACCCGCCCGACCCGCUGGCCAAAAUGCCGCCACACAUCCUUGGAAGCGCCAGCGGAAGCAGCUCGACAGCGGCCGCCUCUCCGCCCACCAGCAGCGCCAGCCAGACGCCUCCAUCGCCAGCCAUCCACCACAGUCAUCUUAGCCAGCACAACGCAACCAGCGCCAUGUCCAAGCCGACGACGCCUCAGCGCCACGGCAACCCCAGCCUCCUUCCCACGCUCCAGUGGCCGUGGAACACCAGCCUGGGCAGCACCUCCACUGCCGUGCCCGCCGCCUCGGCCAACAAAAACAAGCGGACGGCGGCCGGAUCUGGAGCGGCAUUAGGAUUGAGCGGUGAAGGGUCCUGUUUAACCGGUGGAGGAGCCGCGUCGGCUAAGAAAGCGCGCAGCGAUUUGCCCGGCUCCUUUGACGCAAGCAAAAGACUGAAAGUGGCCGCUAUGGAGGAGUCACAGACCAAGAUUACCGGUUUUUUUAAAUCCCAAAUGAAGCCGUCUCCUGGCGGCGGUAAGCUAUCGCCGCAGCCCGGCCAGCAAAGCAAUCCGGCCAACACGCUGACCAUGAGCACGCCCGCAACUACCGCCUCGCUGAACAAGUACUUCAAUAUCCUGUCGCAGCUGAAAGAGCAGAAGGCCCAACAGCAACAACAGCAGCAGCAGGCAUCCAAGACCUUGCCCACUCCAGCUCCAGUCGCCCCAGUCCCAUCUGCGCCCCCUGUCGCGCCCGUGGUCGUCACUCCCAGUCCCAGUUUGCCCGUCCCGGCGCUGAAAAAGAUCGAACGCAGCAACAAGCAGCCUGCCAAGAUAGCGCAGGUGGCACCCAAUCUGCGCAAGACGCCCAGCAGUGGAUCUUCAGGCAGCUCCUCGUCGUCCUCGUCUAGCUCCUCAAAUGGCUCGAAUACGGGAAAAUCGCCAACGAAGAAACACGUGGCCAUCGCACCCAGGACGCCGGAGAUGAAACAGCAGCAGCAGCAGGGAAAGGCGGCCAUGGUCUACCGACCGCCAGUAACAAGCACCGCUUUGAAGCAAAAGCAGAUCUCACCACCCGCCCCCGUUGCGGCCCACACACCCGCCCCAGCGCCAGCAUUAAAUCCAACGCCCGCCCCCGCCAAUCCCACGCUUUACCAGCUGCCCGUACAGCUUCCUAAUCUAGUCCAGCUUCCGCCUCAGCUGGCGGCUGCCGCCAAUAUUAUGCAGCUUAAUAACGUGGCCAAAGCUGCAGUGGCUGCGGCGGCCACCAACAACGCGGCCGCGCAAGCGGCACAGGCUGCUCAGGCAGCUGCUGCCCAGUACUUCCUGAACGGCACUGUCUUUAAGCUGCAACAGGUGACUACGGCCACGACGACGACGGCCACCACGGCCACAGCAGCGGCGGCCCCAGCUGGCAAUCCCUUUGGACUGCUUAACUUAGCCACGGCGGGCAAUCCCUUUGGCUUACCCAAUGCCAAUGGGCAAUUCCCCAUUGAAGCCAUUCCGGGAGCUGGAAGCUAUCUCCAUCAUCAGCUGCUUUUGGCCAGACAGAACAACAUGAGUUUAAACGAAACUAUGGCUUCCAAUUCUUGCGGCAACAUGAACUUUGUUAAUCCACUUAACAAUCAGCAAGUUGGACUCAAAGAUAACAAAUUAUAUAUUGUAAACUCGGCCGAGUACCUAGGAUACUUAAUGAGUCUGCAGAUAGCUCUUAAUAACCAACAGCACCAGCAACAACAAAUCAUAUCUGCCACACAGCCGCCACCACUGGCAGCCACAAACAAUAACAGUACGAACACUGCCACUCAGCCGCCGCCAUUGGCAGCUACGAACAAUACCAAUUCGAACACUGCCAACAAUUCGACUGCCAGCAACAGUAUCAACCAUAAUGCCUCGAAUAAUCUAAGCAAUAUCAACAACACUGCCAUACAGCCUCAGCGGGCGAUUGUGAAGCCGCCAUUGCACAGUUCCACGCAACCGCCGCCGCUUGUGACGAUUUCCUCCAUGCCCGCGUGCUCACCGGCUGCCGCAUCUUCGCCAGCGGCCAAACGGUCACUGCCCGCCGCCAAGCCUUACCAGAAGCGGCUGACAGCAAAGGGCAGAGUGGGGACAGCACCGAUAAUCGCAACGCCUACAACGCCGCCUCCUCUGGUACCCACGUCUGCUACUAAGGAGCUGGGUCAGUUGCGCAAGAGUACGGGAACCACGGGAACCCCUACUGGCACACCCACACCAACGCCACCGCUAGUAAGCAUCGCACCCUCGAAGCUGACCCCAACGCUGAGCGUUUCGAAGCAAGGACCGACAAUGAAGCUUGCAAACAGCGCUCCCGAUCUCUUUGACCUGGUGAAGAACUCAAAGCUGGUAGCCAAGGUUUCGCAACCGUUGACGCCGCUUCCCUUCAGUUCCCCCAGCAGCAGUAGCAACGGAAGCCACGGUAGCCACGGUAUGCGAUCCUCGCCGGCCCUCUCCACGUCAAACUCCUGCACCCUGUCUGCAUUUAGCAAGAUCAAGGUGGAAACAACGGAGCUGGCUUCCCAGACGGGCUCCCUGACCUCUUCCUCAAUACCUACAAUAUCACUUAAGCCUCAGAGCUUCGCCGGGCAGCUGCCCAAAAGGGAACCGGAAUCGGAAACCGACACGCUGAAGCACGACCUUUUGCCAGACUGCACAAACAGUAACUCAAACUCAAAUUCCUGUAGCAGCAGCACCUAUUCGCACUCGGUUAGUUCGGCAGCUGAUCUCUCAUUAGAGGCCUCUACGCCCGCUCCAUCACCUUCACCUUCAGCAUCGCCUUCCGGCUUGGGAUCACCCUCGCCGGCGGCCAGCAACUUGAGUGCCAGCAGCCGGCGAGCUGCAAGCCAAACUGAUAUGCUAAGUGAACUGGUCACUUCGUCGUGCAUCUCCAGCGGCGGCGAUGACUGCUCUCAAGCCACAGACUCGCCUCCAAUGCCGGCACUCCCUCUGGCCAAGAGUGAGGAUGCUACCACUCCCAUUUCCACGGUCAGCGGAGGAAGCAGCAGUGGGAGUAGCAAUUACGAUGAAGAGGACGACAAGUCGGUGGCCUCGCUGGAAACUCAUCAGACGCACAAGCGGCUAAGGGACCUGCCCACGCCCGAGUCAGGAAUCGGUGGAAGUCUGAGUAACAGCGAGAGCAGUAACUCAAUUGCCGAUGCCAUUUCCUCCAAAUCCGCCUCUGUGGGACCACCCACUACUGCAGCGAGCAGUGCUUCUUCCUCCGCAUCCGACAGCAACUCACUGGCUAGCAAUGCACCAUCCCCAGCCUCUCCGGAGGAUUGUUCAGCCGCUCCUUCGCCCGCCUGCUCCGCCUCCACUACCGGAUCCAUUCCGCCUAGCACUGUGGUGGACAUUGCGAUGGUGGAAGCCACCAGCAAGAGUCUGCCAAAGAGCGCUAUAUCUCCAAUCCUCUCGCAGCCAAAGACCAUCCGCUUUCCGGCUGGAGCAGGUGCGAGUGGCAAAGGUGGAAAGCGGCAUGACGGCGUCUGCUACUGGGACAAGUGCAACAAGAAGCAUGAGAGCAACUCCAAGUUGUUGGACCACAUGCAGACGCACCACGUCAAUACACAAACAGGUCCCUUCGCCUGUCUGUGGGUGGGCUGCAAGGUGUAUAACAAGGAGUCAUGCUCUCGUCGCUGGCUGGAGCGCCACGUGCUCUCCCAUGGAGGCUCCAAGCAAUUCAAGUGCAUCGUGGAGGGUUGCGGCCUACGGUUCGGCUCACAGUUGGCGUUGCAAAAGCAUGUUAACAACCACUUUAAUGCCACUGACAAUGCAAGGGAGAGCACCAGCAAGCGCACCUCUGAUCCGCCAGUGCCCAAACAACUCCCUCGCAUGUUUGACUUCUUCGACACGGGCAUAAUGGAGGGACUACAGCACCGCCUGCGCCAGAUUAGCACACUCACCAACGGUGCCCAGGCCAUCGAGUUCCAGGGGCAGUGCAUGAUGCGACGCCGCAAUAGCCAAGGCGGCUACGAGUGCUUCGUGCGAUGGUCCCCGCGCGAGAUCAUUUCCGACGAGUGGCUGCCGGAGUGUCUUAACCGAACGCGUCAGCACACUAAAGUACUACACAUCAAGCAAAUGCGGCCAGCCGAAAAAACUCGCGUGGAUAGCCUGCUCAGCACGGCUUUUCGCUUACGCUAUGACUCCCACUUGUUCGCCGACGAUUAUAAUGUCAACGAGCAGCAGGUAGGCGAGGCGAGCGGUAGCGACUGCGACGAGGAUGGGGAUGGGGAUCAAGAGGAGGAGGAUUUAGAGGAUCAAGAUGAAGAUGAAGAGGAAGACGGAAGCAGUAGUUCGCGCAGUGCGAGUUGUGAGACGGUGUCCAGCUAUCAGCAGGUACUUAGCAUCGCCAAGCUGCAGAUGCAACAGCGGCGUAAGCAUCCGCGAAAACCACCCAAAGUGACACCGCCGGCGAGGGAAAAGCUGGUUCCAACGGACGCACUGGUGCCCAUUUAGGGGCAUAUCAGAUUUAUAGUAUUUUCUAAGUAAUUAAACCGAAAAACAAACGACAAACGAGUAAACAGUGACAAGUAGUCUAGUUAGUGUAAGACCAAAGUAAAUUACUACAUGCAUCCAUUAAUGUAUAGAAAUGAUGAGUACUCCCGCUUUGUUUGUUUUUGUUUUGUUUGGUGCGCGUAACCAGCCGUUUAGUUUUUGAUCCCAUCGAAGUUUCGUUUAUCGAUCGUUGUACAUAUAUUCGGUUGGAAUCAAGAGUAAAAGUCAGAAGCAUUUAGUGGCCACCUAAUCACAACCCACCCACGCGUUCUAGCAAGUGCUGUUAUGAACAAAUGUCCUAGUUCUUAGUUCUAAUUUAAUUUCUAAAAUGUAUACUUAGUAGAGAUUCAUGUGGGAAUGGCCGACUGGACAGCACUUGUUUGUAAGCCAAGUUUAUGUUAAUCUAUUGACAAAAUUAAAGUUACAUUUUGUUUUCUUUUUGUUGCCCCCCUCGUAUUGCAUUGUACUCUUAGAAACUGGCCAAACUUACACUGAAAGCGGAAAAUCUACGCACACAACUGAGCAGUUAAUGUUUAAGAAUAGCAAAGUGACGUGGAAGAACACAAGACUUGAAGCAUUUACCGCUAGAAUACGAGAAAUAUUUGUAUAACAUUUUGUACUCAACUCGAACAGCAAUGCAACAGUUUUAGCUUAAGUUAACUAGACCCAAGCCCAAGACGAUUAUCCAUUAAUUUAGUGCAAAUCAAAUGCAACUUUCGCCAACUCAUCAGCGUCUCUCAAUCGAUUUGUGAAAAGUUGAAGAGACGGAAAAGCAUCAUGCAUACUGUAUAUAAAAUAGCAUUAACUAGUUUCGCGUUUAAACUUACAUUAAACUAUUCAUUUAGAAAUUAGCCAAGGCAAAACCAACUAAAAUAUGCUAAAUAAAGUUUUCGGAAGAAGAUCACAACAAUCUACAAGCGAAGUAUAACACAAAAUCCCAUGUAUUUAUCUUUUAUUAUUUUACGGACAAACAAAAACCCAUUCAACGAUCCUUGAACAUUUCCUUUAUGUUUGUUCAAACCUAUCAUACUUUCAAACUCGACACUUGAAGCAUAUAAGCUAAACGCUAACCGAUUCUUAUAGUUUUCUAUGCGAAUGAAUUUUUAUGUUUUUAAAGUAAGUAGACUCGAAUGAAGAUGAAAAUCAGAAACAUGAAUAAAAGAGUACUCACCACUGCCAAAUGUGUAAAUCAACAACAAGAACCCAGUUGUUAGGAACGACUGAUUAAUUUAGUGUGCGGCAUGGGCGGAGCCACAAAUUAUUAAAACUGCUAAUACCCUAUUUUCCGCUCGAGCACUUGCCCUAUGUUGCACGAUAAAGGCUCGCUUCGAAUCGAGUGUAUUAAAUAUAUCUGUGUGUUGUCCUACUUAGAUGUAGAUGCGUAUCUGUGCCCCUCACGUAAUUUAAGCUUACCACGAAUAUUGAAAAAUAGACAUAUAUAUAUAUGUAGGCGUAAUUCCCGUGUAUCUGUAUGUAGAGAGGAGACAGGAAGUCGUGAGGACUUUGCGUCUGUCGAUCGCAGCCCACAAACAUGAUUUAAAGCAAUACUCUAUGAUAUUAGCCGAUCAAGCUUAGUUGACUCUUCCAUUCGGCUAGACUUUCGAUGCCUUUCGCCCGAGUUGUUCAGCGCUUUGUACUGCAAGAAAUGAAGAAGUCUAUAACUAAUGGAAAAUAAGUAUCAAACAAGAAUCCGAGAGAAGUAAUGGAAAAAAUUCAAAUAAAAUAAAACUACCUCAAAUUUUGCAAGCAUAAAAUACACAAAAGAAUUUUUCGAGACAAGUUUUCUAACGCGAAGAGAGUAUAUAAGUGCAGCGUCAUACGGCUCACGACCGAAGGAUUCGGAUUCGAGCAGGGCGGAGCCGAAAAACAAGGGAGUAGUGCACACUACAUGAGUACACACACAAAGAAACAAGGGGAAGCCGUAGGCUAAUUUCAUAUUUUGCUAGUAUCGCGAACGGUCUGUAGGAUAAGCAAUGAUCCAGAUGAAGUACACUUACCUCGGCUUUUUGUUUUCAACCCCCUCGGAGAAGCCUUUCGAGGCGAAUACCCAUACCCAUACCCAGUUAUGCAUUUGCCUUUAGCCCUGAGCUGAGUUUUAAGUUUGUAAAUAGAUUAGUUGACCCAGUACGAGACAUAUACUUAUUAUCAUAACCAUAUUUUAAAUAUUAAAACCGCUUUAAUAAAUUGCAGGCAGAAAUGAAUUAAGCAUACAUAUUUAUGGUAAUUAGCACACAUACGAACGUAUACAGGAGAAGUAUUUAUAUUGCGAGGUUUGAUUUUGGAUUCAGUUCUGGCCAAAUCUAAGGCAGUACACAGCCACAACAUCAGAGAUCUUGCUUCGAUUGUAACUAAUGUAAUCAAAAGAAUUAUAUACAUAUAUAUUAUAGAACUCUAUAUACACAACAUAGUAUGUACAAGUGGACUCAAACCGAUUCUGAAAACCAAGAUCAUGUAACGCGCUGAGAAAUGAAAAAAUAUAAAAAAAAUCAAGUAUUAUGCU